AUGGGCUACAAAAAACGAAGAGCACACGCAUCGGCAUCCAGGACCGGCUCGCAGUCCGGAUCUACGAUCGAGGACCAAUCUUUUGAUGCGGAUACCAGCGAUUUCAGCGUUCCUUCCGUCAGCCAAUUGGAUUCAGAGGCUCCAGACAUACAGCAGAAGAUACAGCAAAAUGUUCAUGAUGUGAAGAUUCUCAGGUCGCCGACGUUUGGAGCACUCAGCAGGGAAGAGAGCAGGAACAAUUCUGUGAUUGGCUCGAUUAUCGACGAGGAACUUGGAAGUGUGAGUGGUGCGAAUUCUGGAGAAAGCAGAUCGGCAAGUGUGAUCACAAACGAUGGGGUGAGAAUUUACGAUGUGCAAGACAUGAUCGAUGCCCUCGACCGGCCCCGCAACAAGAUCAACACGGAGUCCCGGCUGUUCUUGCUUGGCGAGGGCUACAAGAUGCUCAUCCGGCAUCCGGACACCGUGGAAGUCAACGAGCAAGAUAUGGACUCGUUAAUAGGCUUUAUUCGGGCAGCCAAGUCGGACAGCGAGUCCUUGUUGGCGAUUCGGUUUGCAUGUGCAUACGCGGCGACCGACUCGGAUGAGGUCGGCACCCAGGUGAUGGACGAGCUUGUGCCGAUUCUCUACCGAGUGGUUUUUGACUUCAACCAGUCGAAUUUGUUGAGGUCCUCGUGCAUUAUUGCCUACUUCAGCCUGCUCUUGGUCAUCUUUGAUGGCUCCGACUGCUAUAGUAUCUCCGAUAGUGCCAACGACUUUUUGGAGCUGAUCGAGCCCUACGAGAGUUCUCCACCUGCAACUUCUACAGACGACGAAUCUAAGUACGCCUGGGAUUUGGUGGCCAAUUCCAUCAAUGGGAUCGGAAUCGUCUUGAGUCUCCUCUACAAAGGCGGGAAGAACGAUGUCAAUGAUCUGAUCCAGGACUUCUUGCCCCGGAUCAUUCCAUUUUUGGGCGAUGAGUUCCCAAAAGCCGUCCACAAGGCCGCAUGCAUCCUCGUUGGCCUCAUGUACGAGAUAUACGACUUCAAAUCGGCUGGAGAUGCCGGUGGGGAGCCGAGUGAUGGGCAAAACAUCGGCGAAAACAUGGAUGAUGGCCCGUACUAUGAUAUUUCUGAGAUCGAGGAGAGCAUAAACCAGCUAGUGCGAGAUUCCAACAAGAAAGUGGGCAAAAGAAGCAAGAAGGAGGUUCGCUCGAUAUACAGAGAGGUGUUGAGCACGGUGAUUGGUGCACAGGAGAAGGCGGCAAGGGAAAAGCAGGGCCUUGCGGAAAGUUCAGACAGUGAGGAAAACGAGAAAAACAGGCUCGAUAGAAAAACUGCCGUGAUAUCCAAGUUUGCCAUCAGUAAGACUAAGCAGCUUCCCAUACGGUCGUGGUUUGCGUUUUUGAGGCUGAUCCACCUCAAGUAUCUUUUUGACACCGAGUUGAGUCGGCAUUUGCUCGGCUCCAGGGAGGUUAGAGACUUCUUGGUUGGGCCGCAGGACCGUGUUGGCUUUGCUGGGCAUGCUGAUGAUGAUGAUGACCAGCACAAGUCGUCUGGAAGAAAUUGGAGAAACAGAGAUGUGAAACUGAACGGAAUAAAGAAGGAGCAGCAGAUACAGAGGGCAAGGGAUGAUAAGCUGAGAGAGAAGAUGGACGACUUGAAUAUCUGA